GGCAUCGCAGCGCACCCGCGUGUCUGUGCGCAUUGUUGGCGACUGAUCCGCCCGGCGCUCGUGCCAGACCUGACUUUCCCGUCCCCGAAUGCGGGUUUGUCUCUAGCAGACGCGCCGCUCGGACGCGCUUUUGACUACAGGGCAUUCCGUGGGGGGCCAAACGUGCACGGCCGCGUGUGUCGCGGGCUCGUGGCAAUCCAUCACGGCGAAUAGGACAGCGUCCCGGGCUGGCAAGGGACUCACGUGUUUCUGUCUCUGCUCGUCUGCAGCCGGCGUGGCGACUGCGGGGACGCGGACCUGCGGGGACCCGAGCGCCCGGGACCUAGCCGGGCCGCGCGCCUGACGACCGAGACUGGACGGUGCUGUGGAGCGGGCGCCGCGCGCACCCGGCGGAUGUCCCGGAGCCGCCCUCGGCCGCCGCCAACCGCGGAGAAGCGCCCCUGCCCGGGGGCCGCCGAGGCCGCAGCGCGGGCUAUGAGCGCCCGGCCGCCCCGGCGCGCUUGAUGCGGCGCGCACCCCGCCCGCUCGGCGCCCCGGGCCGGCGCCGCGGAGGCCGAGGAUUUCCGAUGCAUGCCAGGUUUCCGCUGACUGCGGGAAUUGGAGAUCACUCCACAUGGAUCCCCCAAGUCAGCAUGGCAGCCACGCUUCGCUAGUGGUGAUUCAGCCACCGGCUCUGGAAGGGCAGCACAGGUUAGACUGCGACAGGGACCCUCAGCCUGCCGCGAUUCUGUCCCUGGACCAGAUCAAGGUCAUCAGAGGCAGCAAUGAAUACACAGAGGGACCUUCAGUGGUGAGAAGACCAGCUCCUCGCACUGCACCAAGACCCGAAAAGCAGGAAAGGACUCAUGAAAUCAUACCAGCCAAUGUGAAUAGCAGUUAUGAGCACCGACCUGCCAGCCACUCCGGCAAUGCCAGGGGCUCGGUGUUGAGCAGGUCAACCAGCACCGGAAGCGCAGCCAGUUCAGGCAGCGGCAGUGGCAGCAGCGCGACUUCGGAGCAGGGCCUGUUGGGAAGGUCUCCGCCCACCAGGCCCAUCCCCGGUCAUAGGUCAGAUAGGGUCAUCCGGACCCAACCCAAGCAGCUGCUUGUGGAUGACUUGAAGGGUUCCUUGAAAGAGGACCCCACCCAGCACAAGUUCAUCUGCGAACAGUGUGGCAAGUGCAAGUGUGGAGAGUGCACAGCCCCUCGGGCUCUGCCCUCCUGCCUGGCCUGCAACCGCCAGUGCCUUUGCUCGGCCGAGAGCAUGGUGGAAUAUGGGACCUGCAUGUGCCUGGUCAAGGGCAUUUUCUACCACUGCUCCAAUGAUGACGAUGGGGGCUCUUACUCAGAUAACCCGUGCUCCUGUUCACAGCCCCACUGCUCUUUCCGAUACCUAUGCAUGGGAGCCCUGUCUUUAUGCCUACCCUGCUUGCUCUGCUACCCUCCCGCCAAGGGCUGCCUGAAGCUGUGCAGGGGUUGUUAUGACUGGACCCACCGCCCUGGCUGCCGGUGUAGAAACUCCAACACUGUCUAUUGUAAGCUGGAGAGCUGUCCCUCAAGGGCUCAGGGCAAGCCGUCAUGAUUUCCGGAGGUGGAUUAGACUUCCUGAAUGUCCAGCUUCCAAACUGUGGCUGUUAAGAAACGGUGGUAUUUCUUCCCAGUCUCUGAUGCUCCUCGGCAGGAGUGAACUGUGAAACUGCACCCAGCUUGUUCCCACCCCACCUCGAGGAUUCUGGGAGCUAGGAGUGCCUCUGGAGCCUUUGUGUGCUGCAUCAGCUCUCCCACUGUGUCUGUGAGGAUGUAUGCACGCCCAGACUUGGCUGAGAGAUGUUUGGGGUCGGGUACUGUGGGAUCAGGGACUUGGUUUGGUUUGUUAAAAAGUAACCAUGUAAGUGCUUAAAUAAGCUAUAUAUUAAUCUGCCUCUGAUGAGAGCUAUCUUAGUCUCCCAUCCCCAAGUCCAAUGGGAGGGUCUACUUCUUAGAACACAGUUAGCUCCGCAACAGCUCACUGCCCUUCCCUUCCAGCCCUCAGAUUCUCUCCAUAAUGCACUGUGGAGAUGCCAAUGCGUCAUCCCACCUUACCACCCUUUUUGGUCAUAGUUCUGGAUUCGCUCUGCAGCGUUGAUCUUCACGCUACAGAUGAUGUUGGCUAAUCCUUGUUCCACCUCUAGCGCCCCUAUCUGUGAAGGACUUCCUUCCCUUCCGACCCCCACUUCACCGAGGGCUGUUGGUAACUGUAGUUGAAAUUCCUGUCUGAUCCGCCCCUGGGCCUCUCAGAGCUACAGCUCCGUAAGGUGCCUUUGGCCUCUGACUGGCCUUUUGACUCUUAACAGCUGGGUCUUUCCAAUCCUGUGUUUUCAUUGCCUUAACCACAAAUUGUGGUGCUUUUUGUAUAUUAUAUGUAUAAAUCACAAAGUUGAAUCCUGGCUAUUUUUAAGACAAAAGUCUGUUAAACUUUUUUAUUGUAAAGAAUAUUUAUUAUGCGAAUCUAUUAUUUUAUGAUAUUUAUUGCAAAAGACUGUUGAAAUGUACUCAUGUCUGAUUAUAACAUAUCACUACUUCCUGAAAAACAAGGUGACUCGAAGAAAGUACAUAUAUGUUAACUACAAUGCAGAAAAUAUAUCAAUUAAUGAAACUGUCUUGA